UUUACCACGACUAGAGCGAGACACGAAUCAGGACUAAAGCAAUCGGAGACACUUUCUUUGGAUUACUCUUCUCUCGCGCUGUUUCGGAGACGCUUUCUAACCGGAAUCUAUCAUUUGCAGUUUCACUUGAGGCGUUUGGAUUUGCCUACUUUUGCUUACUUGACAACAUCAUGACUCUGGAAGAAGUCGUUAAAGGCAACGUUACUGAGAAAAAGAUGGAUGCUGUGAGUCAAGCCUUAGAGGAGCUGCUGGUUGCAGCACAGCGACAGGACUGCCUUACUGUCGGCGUGUACGAAUCUGCAAAACUAAUGAAUGUAGAUCCAGAUAGCGUGGUGUUAUGCGUCCUGGCUACGGACGAGGAGGAUGAGGACGAUAUCGCGCUUCAGAUUCAUUUCACUCUGUUGCAAGCUUUCUGCUGCGAGAACGACAUCAACAUCCUGCGCGUGUCCGGGCUGAGACGCCUGGCGCAGGUGAUCGGAGAACCAAGUUCGCAAGAAAGCAAUAACAACGGCGAGCCCAGAGAUUUCCACUGCAUCUUGGUCACUAAUCCUCAGUGCCAGCCACUUAAAUGCCAAGCGCUGAAGGAGGUGGGAAAUUACUGCGAUGAGAUCCGCUGCAGGAACCAGUGGGUGCCUUGUCUGUCACUGCACGAACGCUGAAAGACGUCGCGAGCGCGCGCGGAAAGAAAAAAAAAUCAUACCUAACCAUGUCUGGUUCUGUGAGGAGCGGAAGGAAAGAAAGAGGCGAGGGGGGCUUUUUCUUUUUACCCGCUCUGCGUCAGCUACUGUUCAGCCAAGACGCUGAAGGAGGAAACAGAAAGGAAAGUUCCUCGUUGGGCUUCGCGGCCCAGUUUCGUCCUCCGCUGUGAGGGAGCGUUGUUUUGCGGUGGUGGAGAAUGAAGAGGAGGAGAGAAAGAGAGAGAACCGUAGGACCACGCGAUGUAGGGGGACCAAGUGCUCGCAUGCGCGCUGCGUAGGAGCGCGCGCAAUCGGUUUCCCAUGCACCAUGGACAGAAAUCAUAAGAGAGAAUGAAAGAGAGAGACUGUCCGGCAUUGUAGAAACCUAGCUGUAGGACAACUGCUGCUGGACUUUAUUGCUUAACAUUGCAAUUUCUCAUUUGUUGGACUAAUAUUUCUAUGCUACUAUAUCUAUACAUGUGGAAUGCAGCUGCUUUUCACAGCUGCAAAGAGGCCAGUGUUAGAAGACAUGUGGAUGGAUACUAUGAAAUGCUGUUCUUAAAAAAAUAUAUUUUUAUGUUUUUAAUAUUUUUAUGUUUUUGUUUAACUUAUUCCCAAUACUUAAAGAUUAAUAUAUGUUUUGAACAUCGUGUGAACUCAAUGCUGUUUCAAUAAAUUAUUGUGUGAAAAUGAA